UAAAUAAGCGAAGUCCUCGCAAAUCUCCAAACCCUAGAAAUCUAGAGCUGGAAAUACAUUCUCGCUCUGCGAGUGUAGAGACUGAGCUCGGAACGGGACGGGAGAGUUAGCUCUAGAAAGAGAGAGCAGAGAUGGACGCGAUGAGAAAGCAGCUCGAUGUUCUUAUGGGGGCAAACCGCAACGGCGAUGUACGGGAGGUGAAUCGCAAGUACUACGAUCGUGAUGUAUGUCGUCUUUACUUGGCCGGCCUUUGCCCUCACGAGCUUUUUCAGUUAACGAAAAUGGAUAUGGGUCCAUGCCCUAAAGUUCAUUCCUUGCAGCUGAGAAAGGAGUAUGAAGAAGCCAGGGCAAAGGGUCUUGACAACUAUGACAGGGAUCUUGAGGAUGUCAUUGAUAGACUUAUUGUUGAGUGUGAUAAGAAAAUUGGUAGAGCUCUUAAGCGUCUUGAGGAUGACGAUGCAAAAGCUGCUAUUGCAAUUUCAGUUUCUGAGGUUACUCAGACAAACGAGGUUCUUGAAUUAUCCAAGCAGAUUAAGGAGAAAUUAAAAGAAGCUGAUCAGCAUGACCUUGAAGGCAAGACGGAUCUUAAGGUUCGAGCUCUGGAAAUUUUAGAUGAACUGAGAACCAAAAGGGCAGACAAACAGUCUAUACUCCUUUUGGAUGCCUUCAAUAAAGAUAGGGCAUCUUUGCCCCAACCGUUGCCAAACCCACCACAGUUAGCACCAUUGCCGGUACCUGCUCCUGAUGCUCGUACGCAGGAAAUGAUAAAUGAGAAGCUGAAGAAGGCCGAGGAUCUUGGUGAGAAGGGGAUGGUGGAUGAGGCUCAGAAAGCAUUGGAAGAGGCAGAGGCGCUUAAGAAGCUACCCGCCAGGCAGGAACCUCCUCUGGAUUCCUCUAAGUAUACUGCUGCUGAUGUCCGCAUUACUGAUCAAAAGCUGCGGGUUUGUGACAUAUGUGGAGCUUUUUUGAGUGUUUAUGACAGUGAUCGUCGUUUAGCAGAUCAUUUUGGAGGGAAGCUUCAUUUAGGGUACAUGCAAAUCCGUGAAAAACUUGCUGAACUUCAGGAAGAGAGAAACAAGAGCAGCAAAGUUGAUCGCCACGAUGAUAGAAGUAGAUCAAAGGAGAGGAGCAGAGAACGUGAGAGAGAACCAAGUAAGGAUCGGGAUCGAGGAGAUAGCCGUGAACGGGUUAGGGAUAGUGAUCGCAAGAGUAAAGAUCACAAGAGUAGAGAUCGUGACAGGCAUUACGAUCGUGAUCGUGACAGGGAAUAUGAGCGGUCCCGAAGUUAUGAUUCAAGAAGCCGUCGCAGGUCACGCUCCCGGUCUAGGGAGCGCUCUAGAGAUUAUGAUCGCCACAGGCGCUAUGAUCGUCACUAGAUGUGGAAUGGUGAUGCUAGAUGAUUGGCAAAAAAGAAAAUGAUGUUAUUUAGGUGAGUGAAGUCAUGUAGGAUGGUGGGUUUUUAAAUGUUUAGUUUUGGAGUUGUCCCUGCCUGUAUUACCUGAACCUGAUCAUGGUGGAUGUUGCAACUGCUGUGUAGGUAGGUUUUUCUUGACAGGUGUGCAUUAUAUUAUGCUUUUUAAAUUCAUACACUGAUGGCUCUGGAUCAUGCCUUUUAUGUAUUCCUCAAAUCCAAGUACACUUACAUUUCUGCCCUGUAGAUGUUUAUUUUGUUAUCUUUUUAUCAGUUGGAUAAUAUUUGCUC